GACUAGCUGUCUGCUUUGGGAGAAGCUACAGACUUUCUAGGUUCCUCGGUUUCUGUAUCUGUGAAGAGGCUUAACUGGGCUAACGGGCUCUUUGAAAGCGUUUCUUCCACUGGUCUCCUGCCCGGUACCAGGCUACGUGUUGGAGGACCGGCCUUCCACGAGCCAGGCGGGGCCUCCGGCCUCACGGACCUGGCAGCCGUGCUGGGUGGGCCGAGGGGGCCAGGACUGCAGGGCCGGCAGGGUGGGGUUGGACACAAGUCCCUGGAAGCCGCGGGUCCAGCACAGCGCGUGCACACAACUCUCGGAAAUACUACUUGGACGAGCCUUUGCGGGGACUCCAUUUUACAGAAUGUGCGUCAUGUCGCGAUGUGGGCAAGUGAGGACAACGUCUGUGUCAGCCCCGACACCAGUCUCCGCAGCUCCUGACCCUCGGUUUCAGAGUUUUCCGGGUGCGCAUGCGCGGGCUGUGCCCCGCCCUCCGCCCCUCGUUCGUGGGUUGGUGGGUUUGGGUCACGUGGAAGUGCCUCGCCUCUUCCUCGCGGCAGGGGGCCCGCCCGCUGGCUGGUUUCCGGUUCGGUGGGUCGGAGAUGACGGAGCCGGUCGCCUCUCCGGACGACCCCUGGGUCAAGGCAAGCCCCGCGGGCGCGCACGCCGGCGAGGGGAGGGCGGGUCGGGCUCAUGCACGUGGGGGGUCCCGAAGACUAGGGGAUUCCCUGCAGUCCCCAAAGGUCCCCCCGCCCUCCGGGCCCCGGGGCUGCAGAGAAGACAGCCCUCACCCUGCGCGUGCCAAGGUGGAAUAUGCCUACAGUGACAACAGCCUGGACCCCGGGCUUUUUGUAGAAAGUACCCGAAAGGGGAGUGUAGUGUCCAGAGCUAAUAGCAUCGGUUCCACCAGUGCCUCUUCUGUCCCCAAUACAGAUGAUGAGGACAGUGAUUACCACCAGGAGUCCUACAAGGAGUCCUACAAGGACCGGCGGCGGCGAGCACAUACUCAGGCUGAGCAGAAGAGGAGAGACGCCAUCAAGAGAGGCUAUGAUGACCUCCAGACCAUCGUCCCCACCUGCCAGCAGCAGGACUUCUCCAUUGGCUCCCAAAAGCUCAGCAAAGCCAUCAUUCUACAGAAGACUAUUGACUACAUCCAGUUUUUGCACAAGGAGAAGAAAAAGCAGGAGGAGGAGGUGUCCAUGCUACGCAAGGACGUCACGGCCCUAAAGAUCAUGAAAGUGAACUAUGAGCAGAUUGUGAAGGCACACCAGGACAACCCCCAUGAGGGAGAAGACCAGGUCUCUGACCAAGUCAAGUUCAAUGUGUUUCAAGGCAUCAUGGACUCACUGUUCCAGUCCUUCAAUGCCUCUAUCUCCGUGGCCAGUUUCCAGGAGCUGUCAGCCUGUGUCUUCAGCUGGAUUGAGGAGCACUGUAAGCCUCAGACCCUACGGGAGAUUGUGAUUGGCGUCUUGCACCAAUUGAAGAACCAGCUGUACUGACUGGGUUUUGGAAGCUGCAGAAGAGCCAACAAGAGGCCAGAGUCUCCUACUUGGCCACGGAGCCACUGGGCUUAUGAGAUUGGACUGCGACACUGCACACCAGUCAGCUGGUUCUCGGUGUUUGGCUCCCCAGCACCCCUUCAUCCUCACUGGGGCUGGGGUAUUUGUUUUGUGAAAGCUUUAAUUUAUUAUACUGACCACAGAACUUGA